GAGAGUGCUUGACUUUGACUGUGUGUGAGCAUUACUGAGCUGUGCAAUUGAUUUCAUUUCUCUUGAGAACGUUUGGGAGGUUAACUCUUCGAUCGAUUUUCGCUGCAAAAUUGGAGAUGGCCUUAAACGGAAGUGUUAAUGAUGGAGAUGGCGAUAGAAUCCUUGAAUAUCUCAACUACUUCCCUCCUAAUUUCGGGGAAUACAUGCUAAAGGAACUCAAAUGGUCGCGAUUUAAACCGGAUGACUACGGGGGCUUGGUUUUUGGAUGGGUUUUCUGGAGCCAGCUAGACCACCAGACUCUCCCUCUCGAUAAUUUCAUGGAUUUUAUUCCCGAUGCCCCUACCAUUCUGAAUGUUAAGGACAAGAUCAGACAUGCUUUCCAAAAGAGCUCAAUGCUUCAUGGGUCACUACUUCAAUUUUGGGCACCCACAACAACAAUGGAGGGGCGAACUUUGCUGACAACUCAAAACCAACCUUUUGCUCUUUCUCGAACAACUUGUAUGAGUGAUAGACGGGGGCUUUGCGAUUAUAGGUUGGUCUCUAAGGAGUAUAAAUUCUACGCAGAUGCAGAGAGUGGAGAAGAAGAACUUGGCCUUCCUGGCCGCGUCUUCCUCCAAAAACUCCCCGAAUCCGCUCCAAGUGUGAAGUAUUACUCUGAAAAAGAGUAUCCACAACGCAACCUUGCUUUACGUUGCAACAUAAACGGAUCUUGGGCUCUGCCAGUGUUUGAACAUUCCAGCCACACCUGUGUUGGGGUUCUUGAGAUAGUGUCUCUUUAUUACUCUACUUCUUAUUGGCAUGACAAAUAUUUCCUCAAUCACCUGUAUGAUGUUUUUCAGGAGUUUGGCCUGCAAUGUUUCGAUGAAUAUACACACUGUAAAAUGCGAUAUAGGAAUGAGAAUAAAGCUCUUACAGAUGCCUUCCGGGAACUCAGGAUGGUGUUUGGAUCAGUGUGUAAAAUUCAUAAGCUCCCUUUAGCUUUGACAUGGGUCUCUUGCAGUACUUGCAAUGAUUUACUGCCAGUCAAACUCCCAGUCACGGGUGUUGAAUAUUUUGAGGAAGGAAAUGGCUGCCUUACUAAUUUCUUGGAAGUUAGUAAAGGGCGUCACUUAAGAAAGGGGCAGGUUAUGGGGAGGAUACUUCCAUUUCCUAACUUGUUAUAUUGCUCCGACAUAAAAGAAUUCAGCAUAGCUGAGUACCCCUUCUUACCCUAUGCACGACAGUGCAAAUUAAGUGGUUGGUUUGCAAUAUGCUUGCAGAGCAUUUACACUGGAAAUGAAGUUUAUGUGCUGGAGUUCUUCUUGCCGGUGAGAAGCAAAGACGAUGAGAACAUACUGUCCACAUUGAGCUUGAUAUUAGGAACAAUGGAGGAACAUUUUGAUACAUUUAAGCUUGCUUCUGGCCAAGAACUGGUGGAGAGAUUAUCUCUUGAAGUUAUACAUUUUCAGAAUGGUCAAAAAAGUCAUUCCAUUCAUACGAUCCAAGCUACUAGAAUUUCUCGUAUACUUGAACUCUUAAAGGAUGGUGGACUUAUGUUGCAGCUAGGUCAACUGGAUCAACCAUCAAUGGAUGUCAUAAACAAUGGAAUGAAUGUCGUUAGUGAAGCACAAAACCACAAUUUGCCUAUUCUUGAGACCUUGCAAAAUGGAAAUGUGGCGAUGCAGCUAGACUCAUCUAAGCAGCCAUCAAUGGAUCCUUUAAGCAUUGGACAAAAUGUCGCCACUGCAGAACAAAACAUCAUUGCGAUAAAUGGUUCAGAAGAAGGCACAAGAAAUGAACAACAGAGAGAACUCACUAAAACUGGAGCUAGAAUUGAAAUUUCUUUAGAGGAUAUCCUUAGAUGUUCAAAAAUGAGCCGUAACAAUGCUGCAAGGAAACUCGAAGUUGGCAUUUCUACAUUGAGGCGGGUCUGUAGGGGUCAUGGUAUUAAUCGGUGGCCACCUCGCGACAUAAAAAAGGUCCGUUCCUUUCGGCCAUCGCCUAUUGAGAACCAGGGACAAACUCCACAACUAAAUUAUGAUUUGCCUUCGCCUAUUGAGAACCAGGGACAAACUCCACAACUAAAUUAUGAUUUACCUUCGAAUCAAGCCUCAGCCAGUGUUGUUCACAGAAAGGCAGCAUUCCAAGAUGCGGAUAUGGUGACAAUUAGGGCAAAAUAUGACAAUAGUAUGAUAAAGUUUCGACUGUCUUUGUCUUCUAGAUUAGUAGUGCUGCAGCAAGAAGUGGCUAAACGGUUAAACCUGGACCCCCAAACUUACAAUGCCAAGUAUGUAGACGAGGAAAAUGAGGUGAUUUUAAUAGCUUGCGACGAGGACUUGCAAGAUUGUAUGCACACUUCUAGAUCUCUGGGCAACACAUCGAUUGUGGUACAGCUUGAGCCAAAACAGCCAAUUACCCCAGUCAUCACCGGCUUGAAUACUGCCAAUCAAGCAUUUGUUUAGAUUGUGCUUGUUUUGUAAGCAUUUGAAGGGAUUUGGGGCUUAAAUAUCAGCACUCGAGGUGGAGAAAUUAGGGGUUCCUCUGAAUUGGCAUUCCAUUUCUUAUCCAAAUCCCGCUGCUUUUGUGUUUCCACAGGCUGUGAUGGCAUCGGCACAAACACUAUGUGAGAACAUGAGUUUAGAAUAUUUAAGUAGUUGUUUUCUCCAGCAGCCAAGGCUUUUUCCAAGGGAACAAGUCUUAAUUUGGAUCUAGCAAUGAGACGAUGCCUACAUGUUUUGAUGCAGUCCCGACCCCAAACCAUGACGACCAUUCCCACACAAUGCAUAUAUUGCUUACACGAUGCCUCGUCUCGCGGCAAGAUAUAAGAUUUGUGACUCUGAAGCCCUCUACCGCUGUCCAUCGGGGGAAUUUUGUAACGUGGUGCAGAGGAUCCUCAUUUAUUCAAGCCAAGAUGUAAAGAAAAUGAGUGCAGGAAGCAGAAUUCUAACUGGAGUCGUUAGCGAAGGGAAUAUUUUUAGCUUCGACGCUGCAGAAAGCUGAAACCUGAAUUAAAAUCAUUUUCUCCUUGUUUUAUCAUACUUUUUUUUUGUGUGUGGUUUUUCCUUUCGUUUGGUAGUUUGUUGAACCGGGUAGCACGGUUUCUUGAAGGUGGAGAACAGAUGAAAACAGUAGCUAAUCCGCAGCUCAUUAUGGAAAGUACUGUUGUGUUAGGGAACUAAUAUGAGUACUGAAUGGUUAGGAUUAGAAUCUGUGUACAUAUUAAGAAUAUUCCCGGUGAUUAACGUCACCAAGACCUUUUUCUUAUUUUUUUCUUUUCUGUACGUGUAAAUAUUUAUGUCUAUUGACCUUGCCGGUUUUGAUU